AUGGCCACACCCUACAAGCCAGAGAAACCUCCUGUCACAGGGGCUGUGUUGCUGCGGGCGCGAGAGGCGGCGCAGUUCCUGCGGCCCAGGCAGCGCCGCGCCUACCAAGUCUUCGAGGAGGCCAAGCAGGGCCACCUGGAACGGGAGUGCGUGGAGGAGGUGUGCAGCAAGGAGGAGGCCAGAGAGGUGUUCGAAAAUGACCCCGAGACGGAAUAUUUCUAUCCACGAUACCAGGAAUGCCUGAGGAAAUAUGGCAAGCCUGAAGAUAAAAACCCAAAUUUUGCACCUUGCGUUCAGAACUUGCCUGACCAGUGCACCCCAAACCCUUGUGAUAAGAAGGGCACUCAACUCUGUCAAGACCUCAUGGGCAACUUCUACUGCCUGUGCAAAGCUGGCUGGGAAGGCCGGCUCUGUAACAAAGAUGUCAAUGAGUGUGCCCAGAAGAAUGGGGGCUGUAGCCAGGUCUGCCACAACAAGCCAGGAAGCUUCCAAUGUGCCUGCCAUAGCGGCUUCUCACUUGCCUCAGAUGGCAGGAAUUGCCAAGAUGUAGAUGAGUGUGCAGACCUGAACACCUGUGGGGAUGCACGCUGCAAGAACUUGCCGGGUUCCUACUCCUGCCUCUGUGACAAGGGAUACACAUACAGCUCCCAAGAGAAGGCCUGCCAAGAUGUGGACGAGUGCCAGCAGGGACGCUGUGAGCAAACCUGUGUCAACUCCCCAGGCAGCUACACCUGCCACUGUGAUGGGCGUGGGGGCCUAAAGCUGUCCCCAGAUAUGGAUACUUGUGAGGACAUCUUACCAUGUGUGCCCUUCGCCAUGGCCAAGAGUGUGAAGUCCUUGUACCUGGGCCGCAUGUUCAGCGGUACCCCGGUGAUCAGACUACGCUUCAAGAGGCUUCAACCCACCAGGCUGCUGGCUGAGUUUGACUUCCGAACUUUUGACCCUGAAGGAGUCCUCUUCUUUGCUGGAGGCCGUUCAGAUAGCACCUGGAUUGUACUGGGCCUAAGGGCUGGGCGGCUUGAGUUGCAGCUUCGGUACAAUGGUGUUGGGCGCAUCACCAGCAGUGGGCCAAUCAUCAACCAUGGCAUGUGGCAGACGAUCUCUGUGGAGGAGCUGGAACGCAACCUUGUAAUCAAAGUCAACAAAGAUGCUGUGAUGAAGAUUGCAGUAGCUGGGGAGCUGUUCCAGCUGGAGAGAGGCCUAUAUCACCUGAAUCUCACUGUGGGUGGCAUUCCCUUCAAGGAGAAUGACCUUGUCCAGCCCAUUAACCCUCGCUUGGAUGGAUGCAUGAGGAGCUGGAACUGGCUGAAUGGGGAAGAUAGUGCGAUCCAGGAAACAGUAAAGGCAAAUACAAAGAUGCAGUGCUUCUCUGUGACUGAGCGGGGUUCCUUCUUCCCUGGGAAUGCAUUCGCCUUCUACAGCCUCAACUACACCCGAACAUCACUGGAUGUCGGCACGGAAACCACCUGGAAAGUAGAAGUUGUGGCUCAGGUCCGCCCUGCCACUGACACAGGGGUGCUGCUAGCACUGGUGGGUGACAACCAUGUCGUCCCCCUCUCUGUGGCCCUGGUCGACUACCACUCUACAAAGAAGCUCAAGAAACAGUUGGUGGUCCUGGCAGUUGAGGACAUCGCUCUGGCACUGAUGGAAAUCAAAGUUUGUGACAGCCAGGAACACAUAGUCACUGUCUCCCUUCGGGAUGGUGAGGCCACGCUGGAAGUGGAUGGUACCAAGGGCCAGAGUGAAGUGAGUGCUACCCAGCUGCAGGAGAGACUGGACACACUUGAGAAACAUCUACAAGGCACUGUGCUCACCUUUGUUGGAGGCCUGCCAGAUGUUCCAGUGACUUCGGCACCUGUCACAGCAUACUACCGUGGAUGCAUGACCCUGGAGGUAAACCAGAAAGUCCUGGACCUGGACGAGGCCUCGUACAAGCACAGUGACAUCACCUCACACUCCUGCCCACCUGUGGAGCAUGCCACUCUCUAG